GAAUAUAUAAACGAUCCUCUUCCUUUUUCAUCUACGCAUACACGCAACAGGUAUUGAGAAAUCGUGCGGCAAAUGGGCCGAUCGAUCCGUUGGACACGCUUCACCACUGUUUGGGCAAUCUUAUCAAUAGCAUCGUGUUUGGAAAAACGUACGAGGAGGAAGAUGAAACUUGGAGAUGGCUGAGACAUCUGCAAGAAGAGGGAGUGAAGCAAAUCGGUGUCGCUGGACCGCUCAACUUUUUACCCUUUCUCAGAUUUCUACCGCGAUACGGCCGAGUGAUACGUUCCAUCGUGGACGGGAAGGAUAAAACGCACAAAAUAUAUCGGCAAAUACUCGACGAGCAUCGGUCACGAAUCGAGCACGUGACGGAGAGUAAAGUCGACAGCUUUUUAGCGGCAUUCGACGAGCAAAUGAGGAGGAAAAGUAGCGGGGAAUUGGGAUAUUUCACGGAGCCACAGCUUUAUCAUUUAUUGGCCGAUCUGUUCGGCGCCGGAACCGACACCACCUUGACCACCCUUCGUUGGUUUCUCUUAUUUAUGGCUGCUUAUCCUACGGAACAGGAGAAAGUACAAUCGGAAAUGGACGUAUGUUUGAAAGAAGGGGAGCAGCCGACUUUGAACGACAGAACGGCCAUGCCUCGUCUCGAGGCUGCCAUAGCCGAGGUGCAAAGGAUAAGGAGUGUUACGCCCCUCGGUAUUCCUCACGGGACAUCAGAGGAUGUGCAAAUAGGCGGUUACGAUGUGCCAUGCGGCGCUAUGAUCGUUCCAAUGCAGUGGGCCGUGCACACGGAUCCUGCUUACUGGCGCGAUCCUCUCGAAUUCCGACCCGACAGAUUCCUGUCCGACGAUGGAAGUUUCUUUAAACCGGAAUCGUUUCUCCCGUUUCAAAAUGGGAAACGCGUUUGCGUCGGAGAGGAGCUCGCCAGAAUGAUACUGUUCUUGUUCGCCGGCCGAAUCCUACGUACGUUCGUCGUGUCUGUACCAUUUAAUGAGACGGCCGAUCUCGAAGGCGAGUGCGGUAUCACUCUCGUCCCGAAACCGCAUCGGUUGACGUUCGUCGAGCGAGAUCGAUAAUAAAAUUAUCCGUCUUUUUCGUUC